AAAACACCAAUUCUUGCACAAGAAUAAGUGUCGGUAGCCUCUCUUGGAUUCUCUACCCAUUUUUUAAUAUUAUUACAAACCGCAUUUCUUCACAAAGCUGUUAUUAUAGUUAAACACCCUUUUUAUUGUCAUUUUUAUUUUGUAGUUUGGAGCUUGUUUUAAGCUCCAGAUAUAGAAAUCUUGAACUGGGCUUUGCUUAAUUAAAAGAUUUUUCCAUUCGAGAAACAUGAAUGGAAGAUUACAGCAAUGGUCUGUAUUUGUGGUUUGUCUGAUGAUUGUGCUGAGAACUGAGAGCUUCUUUGUUGAUAUUACUUAUGUUCAGAGCGCUGUGGCAAAGGGUGCAGUUUGUUUGGAUGGGAGUCCGCCCGCAUAUCACAUUGAUAAGGGAUCUGGAGCAGGAAUUAACAAUUGGUUAGUUCAUGUUGAGGGAGGAGGAUGGUGUAAUAACGUGACGACUUGCCUUGCCCGGACCAAAACCCGACUAGGUUCCUCAAAACUGAUGGCUAAACAGAUUGCUUUUUCUGGGAUUUUUAGCAACAAGCCGCAGUUUAAUCCUGAUUUCUAUAACUGGAAUAGGAUCAAGGUCAGAUACUGUGAUGGGGCGUCGUUUACGGGUGACGUAGAAGUAGUUGAUCCUGCAACCAAACUUUACUACAGAGGCGCGAGGGUAUUUGUUGCUGUUAUUGAAGACUUGUUGGCAAAAGGAAUGAAGAAUGCUGAAAAUGCGAUUCUGUCUGGUUGUUCAGCCGGCGGACUAACAUCGAUCCUUCACUGUGAUAACUUCAAGGCUCUUCUUCCCGUGGGCACGAAAGUAAAGUGCUUUUCAGACGCUGGUUUUUUUAUUAAUGCGAAGGAUGUUUCUGGAGCUCCCCACAUUCAAGAUUUCUAUAACGAUGUUGUUACAACACAUGGAUCGGCAAAGAAUUUACCCCAAUCAUGCACCUCGAGAAUGAAACCGAGUCUGUGCUUUUUCCCACAAAACAUGGCACAAGGCAUUCGAACACCUCUUUUCAUUGUAAAUGCCGCCUAUGAUUCUUGGCAGAUUAAGAAUAUCUUGGCACCUGGUGUAGCUGAUCCGCAUGGACUCUGGCAUGACUGCAAGACUGAUAUAGUUAAAUGCUCCACCACUCAACUCCAAACCAUGCAAGAAUUCAGAUUACAGUUUCUGAACGCGUUGAGUGGAUUAGGCUCGUCCACAUCAAGAGGAUACUUCAUCAACGGCUGCUACGCGCAUUGCCAAACUGAGAUGCAGGAAACAUGGUUUAGGGGCGAUUCUCCCCUGUUAUAUAACAAGACAAUUGCUAAAGCAGUUGGAGACUGGUUUUACGACAGAAGUCCGUUUCAGAAGAUUGAUUGCCCAUAUCCUUGUGACAAAACUUGUCAUAACCGCGUUUUUGAUCAGCAAGAGUAUCCAUUGGUAUAGAUUACAGCAGCAAGGGGAGGGAUUCUUUUGGAUAUAUAUAUACUUGAAAAUAUAUACAACAAAGAGUUCACCAUUUAUCAAGGUUUCUACAAUAAUGGAAAAUGUACAACCAUUGUAGAGAAACUGUGUGCUUGAGGUUAUCUAUUCUUACUACAUUAUUAAUAAAUGAAAUCGAUUUGCAUAAA